AUGGCUCCUUAUGAGGCUUUAUACGAGUGGAGAUGUAGAUCACCUAUAGGGUGGUUUGAUGUAGGAGAGAAUCAGUUAGCCGGCCUAGAUUUGAUAGAGCAAGCAGUUGACAAAGUGAAAGUCAUCCAAGAAAGAUUAUUAGCGGCGCAGAGUCGACAGAAAUCCUAUGCAGAUAACCGGUGUCGCAAGCUAGAGUUCGAGGUAGGGGAUUGGGUUUUGUUGAUGGUCUCACCUAUGAAAGGGAUGAUAAGAUUUGGCAAGAAAGGAGUUCCCUCAAGAGUUGUGCCAGUAGAUGAUAUCCAGGUGAUUGAGCAGCUAUCUUACGAGAAAAUCCCCAUGGCUAUAUUAGAUAGGCAG